UGUGAACGCACGUGGUAGCAAACUGGAAUACCAAAAGGUGUGGCUCAAAAGAGGCGUGCUCAUUUGUUAAAUGGCGCCAUGUUUAAGAAUUCUAGCAAUGAAGAUUUGUGUUUUCCUCCCUUUGAAUCCAGGACUUUAGAGAUAACCAAGUUUAAUGGACUCAUACCAUUUACUUUCUGCUUCAUAAUCAUUAUCUCUACCAUAUGCUUAAAAAGGAAGAGAAAGGCAAGCUCUUUAGUUGCUGAUGGUCGCAUGAAUCAAGUGAUUGGUAGUUUUGAUACUCUUUCAAUUAGUGAGGGAGAAGAGAGCAGAAUCAGACGAGGAAGUCCAUGGCUAAAAGAAAUCGAGAAACUUAAUCUAAUUGCAAAUACUAAUCAAUUCCAAUCAUCGUCAUAUGAAGGAUACUCACGUGAAAGAGAUCACAAAAGAAAAUUCCUUGUAUCCCCUAGACUAAAGUUUAACAGCAGAACCAACGACAGUCUCAGUAGCCAUACUGCUAGUAGCGAAGGGGUGGGGCGAGACUACCAUACUGCCUGCUCUCUUGAUCCCUCCACUGAUGUAACCUGGAGAUUAUCCACAUUGGACAUUACUAGUCUAACAAGUCACAUGACUCAUCUAACCAGUCACAUGACUCAUCCAACCAGUCACAUGACUCAUCCAACCAGUCACAUGACAGAAUGCAGGGAUGAGCCAAUGGAAUGGGAAGGGUCUACUGUUUCUGUUGGUUUUAUGGACAAUUCUUCAUCAGUUCCUCUCAAUAAAUUUACUCCGUUUUUUCGACAUGCUGUAAUAAUACUCGUCAUAAGUCUAUUAGCAAUUUUAAUCGUUACUUUCAUUUGUUAAAAUAAUAACAAUAAUAAUAAAUAAUAAUAAUCGG